UUAAAGAUUUAAAAUCAUCCGCUCAGGCGGGCACAACAGGGGUGCAGAAGGAGACACUGUACUUUUGAGGCAAGGGAUUCAGACUUUCUGCGCCCUUGUCAGGGGUUGAGAAAGCUAGAGAAGAAACAUGGCGAACUCGUACCAGGGACCUGGACCUUAUUCAGGUGGUAUGCCGAGUAUGCCUCGGUUCCCUCCCAGCUUUACACCUAGAGGGCAGCAUCCUCCUCCCAAUACAAACCAGAUGCCUAGACAAGCAGUGUACAGCGGACAGAUGAAUCAGUCCCAACCUGGACACCAGGCUCCUCUAUACCACGUGAAUGCCCAUCCCAGCAUGCAAAUGCUUUAUCAUCAUCACCCUCACAUGCAGGUCCCUGUCUACUAUCAGACGAAUGGAGGCCGUCACCAGGCCCCUAUCCAGCAGCAGCAGCAGUAUCCCCAGCAGCCAGGAUAUCCAUAUCCUCCUGUAUCCAUGCAGCAAACAAACCAACCUCCACAGAGUGUUUAUCAAUAUCCAUCUAAUAUGCAAGUUCCUGGAGUUGCUCCUGUUCGAUAUCCUGGUCACAUGAUGCCUCAGCAGGUAGGGUUUUACAAUACUCAAACUUUGGAUUGUCAUGACAAAUAUUACAACCUAUAG